UAUAGAGAUGAAGCCGGUGUUGAUACAGAGGAGGACUUCCUGUCCAGCCUCAUGGCCCGCUAUCGUCAACUUCUCUUUGCCGCACUCAAAUUCUGUCAGGCCAUGCUGACCUCACUGGGUAUAGAAAACCAGGACUGUGGCAAUCAGGUGAUGCAGUUUAUCUUAUCUCACGGAGAAGUUUUCCACGGAAUUCUACGAGACAGACAGCCCAGUUUAAAUCUUUCAGCUCUACGUGAACUAGCUCUAACUACAGCAGUACUGACACGAGCUAACUCCAGAGGCAUUCCAGAUGCAGAAUUUGAUGACCUUGACCCAGCUGGAAUAGAGUUGAAAGGUCAAAAGGUCAGGAUUGAGAGACAGAUGUUGGCUUUAAGGUAG